AAAAGAAGAUGGAAGGAGCCAAGGCAGCGGCGGAUCCGCCGGCGGGUGGGCAGCUGGAAUCCGCGCUCCUCCAGAUAAUGCAGCAACACCACAACCAGUCCAUCCGCCAGCGCCAGCAAACCGAGAGGGCGAAGAAGAAUGCCCUGAGGAGCGCGUCGCGGGUCGCCGGCCACCUCGUAGAAGCCGUUGACGGUGGCGUGCAGGAGCUCUUCGUCAACGAGAAGCGCAUCGAGCUAGAGGCCCGCGCCCUGCUGGGAACCAUCACGCGGUACAGGAAGCAGACCGACCAGUGGCUCGCUGCCACCAACGCGGUCAACUCAGUCUUAAAGGAAAUUGGAGAUUUCGAGAAUUGGAUGAAGAUCAUGGAUUUUGAUUGUAAAAGUGUAAAUGCAGCCAUUCGUAACAUUCACCGGUCAUGACUUUGUCUGGUGCCUGGAUUAUGAUAUUGUGGAGCGUUUUUUCCUUGAUUUGUUUACAGCAAAUUUCGGACUUCGAAAACUGGAUUCAUAUAUUUUGACUGUAAACUUAUCAGUGCGGCCAUGUGUAAUAUUCGUCGGUCAUUAUCCUAUCUGGAGUAUGAUGCUAUGAAGUGUUCCUUCGCUCCCUUCUCUUCUCAGUUGGAUUUCUUUCAGGUGUGAACCCUCCUCGCUCUUGUAUAGAUUUAUUACCUCGUGUGUUGUAGACAUUUGAGAACCAAUUCUUACCAGGUGUACUGGGAAUGGUUCCUUAGCUUUC